CGAACACAUGAGUGAAGCCCUUCACAUCGCCUUUGACUCCUUGCCAGCGUGCCAAGUUAUUCGAUCCCUCGAGCCGCAUUGCUUGGCAGCCGAUCCGAUGCGAGCUUGCGUAAGGCUAACCCCUCUUCCAGAUGAACGACACAGACGGCAAAGCAGAGCAAGUUUGCAGCAGCGACCAUGCUGCAGCAGCAACAGAUGGCCAUACUCUCGACGCACUCAUUGGAGCUGAAAGGGCGCAGGACGGACAGCAUCUUGAAGAGCAAAACCAAAUGCGAGCGCCUUUGAAACGCCCAUUCGUGUUUGACACUUCAGGCUCAAGCGCACCAACGAGCAUUGCGCUCUCCUCUUCGCAUUCAUUUUCACACUCAUCAUCGUCAGCAUCGACCAGCAUCCCUUCUCUCCCAUCGGUGACGUCGAUCUUGGACAUCAGCACGUGGAUACAACAGCGCGACAAAUCACCCCAACCUUCUCUGUCGACUAUUCCGCAUCGGUCAACUCCUCAUGCCUCACCUGACCCUUCAUUGCGGCCGUCACAGAGUGCUGAAGCACCGGCAGGUACGGAUGCAAUGAAGCUUUCAUCUUCUUUGGCCUAUGUGAACCGCCCAUUGCAGUGCAUGGAGGACGGAUCAGCCGUAGAUGCCUCGACAGGCCGCGAGAAAGUGUUGCGGCCAUCCACAGGCGGCAACACAGAAAGUUGCCUGCAUGAGGACAAAGCGCCUGUCAGAGGUAAGAAGGCAGGGACGGCGGUUGCAGAUGGUUGCAAAGCGCCUGCAACGCCCAAUUCACAGCUGAAAAGGUCACGGAAGAGGAAAUUAGCUCAAAAGAUUACAGUCUUCGAUGGCGAGUCUUUGGAAGCUCCUGCAGGCAUCGAAUCUAAUGCAGAUGAGCUCCUUCCUGCAAAAGUGGUGGCAUCAGCCAAGUCGCCAACAUCGUCGCGCACAGCAAAACGUGCCAAAAACACCGCCAGGACUGCCGCUGCGCCGAAGAAUGCUCGUCGCUCUCAAUCUGCCAACCAGCCGUCGGCACGAUCUUCAGGCCUCGUCCGCGCGGCGCCAGGACCACUGGCACCCGUCCUGUUGCACACUCAGCCACACAGGGCGCAACCUUUUGGAGCGCCGACUGAAGGAGAAAGAUAUAUCCCUGCUUACCGAAAGUCAGUGUCUCCGGCUGGAGAUCAAGCACGAAGCAGAACGUCAGCGGCACCUACAGCAGGCGCCUCUGCAUUUUCAUCUGCUGCGGGCGCUGCGCUUGCGUCGUCCGCAUCGAACUUGAGCGCUCCAAGCACCACCGGAUUUGGACGACAUGUGCGUGAAUCAACGGUGCCACAGAGCGACUUUGCUUAUGGUCAGGCUGCGUCACCCGCCAAUCCGCUGAUCCAGGCGCGACAGGUAAUGGGCCAGACACAAGCUUAUGAAGUACAGCAGCAGCAACAGUCUCAGCAACACGGGAAAUUUGCUCAACCUCAGGCGGGCCGAAUGGUAACUUACGCCGCGCUCGAACGACAGACAGAGGGACCAACCUUGCAAACAGAUCCAGACAAUACGAUGCAGUCAACCCACAACGUGAGCUCCAGCACUUCCUCCCUUGCCCAGCCAGCUUUUGCGGGGCAUGUUACCACUUGUGCUGAGGUUCCAGGUCGACCUCGCUCAUUGUACGCGGUCGACGGGGCUCCUGAUCACCCGACCAACCGUAACAUUGGUAUAUGCUCUUCUAGUCCGGCACGGAGCAUCACAACAGACAUCUGGGACCCUUUAUUCGUGCAGAGGCAGCACCUGCGAGGAACCGUGGACGAUGGGACGCGCGGCAUUCAGGGACCUGGUAACUCUGGCGAUCCGAGCCCCCGGUCCCUCCCUCGCAAUAGCAUGGGCAGCGUUCCCAUGGCUAGCAGUUCUGUGCCGAGCGUCAUCGCUCGCACAGGCGGUGGUAGUGAUACUCAAACACCUGUGCAGAUCAGCGCCUACCAAAUGAACGAGAUCCGCCACUUGCUCAGCAAUUACUACGCAUGCACAGAUGCAGUCAGGCGGCACGAAGAGGAAUGGCAGGAGGCGAUACGCCGAUUCGACGUACAGGCUGCCAGGCUUGGCGAUCCCAACUAUGCGCAAGUGACGACAGAUGUGGAGCGUGCUGCUUGGAGAGAAUUCUUUCGCGAAGCGUACAUCAACGAAGUCAUCACACUUCGCGAGCUGGCCAUCGUGGUUCGCAAACUGCAUCGCGACUGCCGGCAGAUCAUGGUUCGUUUACCACCCGGAAUCGAUGUGCAGGUCUUGCAGCCGGUGCAUGAGUACCUGACUGCGGCGCUCGACCUAGAGGCACGCGCGUCGGUACAUGAAUGGCGUCUGAGGAAUACUGCGUGACCGGGGUUGAUCAUUUCGAGGGAAGGUGAUGUAGCCUGCGGCCACGAAUGCGCAGCCAGGCGAUGAGAAACAUACACCGUACAGAAGACCAAA